AUGCCUCUCGAAGUGAAGCAGCCACUUACAUAUCCGUUCCCUGCGAAGAAGCAUAUUGUGAUUCAUGAGGUUCAAAAAGUAACGAGGGAAGAUUGGUCUCCGACUAUUCCUUCGGAUGAGGCACUAGGCAAGCGUGUAUUAGCCAAGCCUGAAUUUGUACCAGCGUCGCAACCCGACAAGGAAGAUGAUAAUUUGCCACAGGAUCAGGGUGGCACGGACGAGGAUUAUGAGCGCCAACUCGCCGUAGCUCAGCUGGAAAUCGAGGAGCUUCGUAGUACCUUGAAGCAGAUGCUCAUGACCAACUUGCGAGGGACGCUUGCACUGCUCGGUGAUCCAUCGGAGGCGGCAGAGGAACAAUCACAGCCGAACGACAAAGCGCGGGCUGGCGCUGAGCCAAGUCCUUCUCGAGAGAUAGCCAAGCGAAAGCGCGAAGCGAACGACGACAACAGUGGUGACAAGGCCAAGGCGCGUCGUAAAAGUAUUUGA